AUGACCCCAGAGAUUCAGAAGGACGGAGAAGUGAUAUAUGCAAGUCGAGAAUCAGGUGGCGCUGCUUCGAACAGUCAAGAUGCUGAGAAGGAGGAUUUCGAAGACGAGGUUCCAGGCCAGGUCGCAAAGAAAUGGCGUGGAACGAGAGCCGAUCAACAGGACAUGGCGGUGUUAGGAAAGAAGCAGGUUCUACGUCGGAACUUUAAAUUUAUAACGAUGCUGGGAUUUGCUAGUACAGCUAUGGCGUCUUGGGAACUUUUGCUUCCCCUCUUCACAUUCGUCAUGGUUGAUGGAGGGACGGCCGAUCUAUUUUGGGGAUUCAUUGUUGCUGCUUGUGGCAUGUCUUUGGUAUAUGCUAGUAUUGCUGAAAUGGCUUCUAUAUCGCCAACGGCAGGUGGACAAUACCAUUGGGUUUCAGAAUUUGCCCCUCCCAGGAUACAGAGGCUGCUCAGCUAUAUCGUGGGCUGGCUUUCUGCCAUUGGAUGGCAAGUGUAUCUUGCGGGUGUCUGCUUUAUGAUCGGUGGGAUCCUUCAAGGUCUUAUUGCCCUCAACAAAGCCGACUAUGUCUACGAGCCAUUCCACGCGACGUUGCUCGCCAUCGGAGUUGUAACGUUUUCCGUUGUUUUCAACACUUCCUUGGCUGAACGUCUGCCAUUGAUUGAGGGUAUAGUCUUGAUUCUUCACUUGAUCGGUUUCUUCGUUAUUAUCAUUCCGUUAUGGGUCAUGGGACCUCGUGGCGAUCCAAAUACUGUUCUUUUGAACUUUACCAACGAUGGUGGAUGGUCUUCCAAGGGAUUGGCAGCUAUGAUCGGGCUGGUCAGUCCGAUGAGCGUGUUGAUUGGAUAUGACUGCUCUGUGCAUUUAUCCGAGGAGAUUCAAGACGCAUCCUGGGUAGUUCCAAGAGCCAUCAUGUGGUCAGUAGGACCCAACGCUACUAUGGGAUUCCUCAUGGCAGUGACUUUAAUCUUCACCCUCGGGGAUCUCGACGCCGUUCUUGAAACUGUAACUGGCCAGCCUUUUAUGCAAGUAUUCUUCAAUGCAACGCAAAGCUACGCCGCCACAAACGUUAUGUGUAUGGUCGUAGUUAUCCUCUUAUUAUCUUGCUGUAUCAGUGAAGUGGCUGCCGCCUCACGCCAGAUUUGGUCAUUUGCUCGAGACGGAGGAUUACCAGGUUCGGUUUGGUUGUCCAAAGUGUCGCCCGGUUGGAACAUUCCACUUCGCAGUGUCUGCGUUUCAAUCGCUGUCUCUUCCCUACUCUCACUCAUCAACCUUGGAUCAACCGUUGCCCUCAACGCAAUCAAUUCUCUUGGCGGUGUUUCAAUUCUAUGUUCUUACUUCAUCACAAUCAGCUGUUUGGUCUGGCGCCGUUUACAAGGUCCCCUUCCUCCACAUCGAUGGUCUCUCGGCAAAUACGGCAUGACCAUCAACAUUGCCUCGUUGUGUUUCUUAGCACCCAUCACGUUCUUCUCAUUUUGGCCUCUCCAAACACCCGUCACCGCCCAAAAUAUGAAUUGGUCGAGUGUGAUGUUUGUAGCCACGUUAUCUGUCGCGUUGAUCUAUUAUUAUUUUAAGGCAAGGCACGUAUAUACCGCACCUGUGCUUGCGAUGAAGAGGCGGGAAUAA